AUGGUGAAGGAUGUCAGAGGAACAUGUGUCCGGCCCACCCCCAGGACUCACCCCCAGGGCCCACACCCAGGGCCCACGCCCAGGGCCCACCCCCAGGACUUACCACCCAGGGCCCACCCCCAGGGCCCACCCCCAGGGCCCACCACCCAGGGCCCACUACACAGGGCCCACCCCCAGGGCCCACUACACAGGGCCCAUCACCCAGGGCCCACCCCCAGGACUCACCCCCAGGACUCACCACCCAGGGCCCACGCCCAGGGCCCACCCCCAGGACUCACCACCCAGGGCCCACGCCCAGGACCCACACCCAGGGCUCACCACCCAGGGCCCACCCCCAGGGCCCACACCCAGGGCUCACCACCCAGGGCCCACGCCCAGGGCCCACCCCCAGGGCUCACCACCCAGGGCCCACCACCCAGAGCCCACGCCCAGGGCCCACCCCCAGGACUCACCACCCAGGGCCCACCCCCAGGGCCCACACCCAGGUCUCACCACCCAGGGCCCACUACACAGGGCCCACCCCCAGGGCCCACUACACAGGGCCCAUCACCCAGGGUCCACGCCCAGGACUCACCACCCAGGGCCCACUACACAGGACCCACCCCCAGGGCCUACCCCCCCCCAGGGCCCACACCCCCCAGGUCGUAA